AUGUGCUGCAAGGUAGCGUCUGUAGUGGAGGCACCGGCACGGAGGAGGAGGAUGCUGGCGGGUGUGGUACAGGGUGUGGCAACGCAUGUGGUGAUGGUAGGGGCACAAGGAGCUGCGCCUCGGAGGACAGCGUCGGUGGUGGCCGCCUUGAUGAGUCAAGGAUUGGGCUCGCUAACUCAGCCCCGGGCGUUGUGUACUGAAGAGUGUUCCCACGGACGCUGUGUCUCUCCUGACACCUGCCAGUGUGAGCCCGGCUGGGGAGGACUGGACUGCUCCAGUGGCUGUGAAAGUGACUUCUGGGGGCCCCACUGCAGUAACCGCUGUCAGUGCCGCAACGGGGCCAAAUGUAACCCGAUCACCGGAACCUGCGUCUGCACCGACGGCUUCCAGGGAUGGCGCUGCGAGGAGACGUGCGACCACAACCUCUACGGCAAGGACUGCCUGCAGGAGUGCCAGUGCCUCAACGGCGCCACCUGCCACCAUCAAACGGGAGAGUGCCUCUGCGCACCCGGAUACACCGGGGCCUUCUGUGAGGAGCCUUGCCCUCCAGGUAAACACGGCUCCCUGUGUGAGCAGCGCUGUCCCUGCCAGAACGGGGGAGCGUGCCAUCACGUCACCGGAGAGUGCUCCUGUCCCGCAGGAUGGGUGGGUCCGGUGUGUGCACAGCCGUGUUCGUUCGGAUCGUUUGGCAUCAACUGCUCUCAGGAGUGCACGUGUCGUAACGCAGGCCUGUGUGACCACAUCAGCGGUCAGUGUCAGUGCACUGCAGGCUACAUCGGAGAGAG